UCAUCGAAUCAACGCUUUAUCGCGUUAUAAUUUUCGUUUUAAUAACUGCGCGUUGCUGUUUGUGUGCCGUGUGGCUUGAUAAUGUCCUUUACAACAGCAUAAAUAACAGUUAUAUUUAUCCGCACACAAAAAUGGCGGAAACGGAGGAUGUAGGCAUGUUUCGUGAAUCUCGUCGCAGUGCUUCGUUCGAUGCUUGCACCACUAACCAAGGCACUUCGGGCACUUGCCUCUCGCGCUUCAAUUGUAUGCGUCAGGGUGGCAUUCCGAAAGGAUUCUGCAAUACUUAUGGCGUGUGUUGCGAAACAAAUCUUCAAUGCGGUCAAAUUUCAAGUUCAAAGCGCAUUAUCAUUAAAAACCCAGUUCAACUGCCGUCCGUUUGCCAAUAUAUCAUUGCGCCGUACAGCAGCAACGUCUGUCAGUUGCUCAUCGAAUUUCAGCAUUUCGAGUUGGAGCAACCAACCAACGAUGCAACUCUCGGCACAUCGACUUGCAACGACAAGUUCACCGUGGACGAGUUUGUACUUUGCGGAGAGAAUACCGGCCAACACAUUUAUCUACGCUUCGAUGUGGCAGCGGGUGCAACACAAGCCACACUGGACUUCUCUCUGCCCCGCAGAUGGGCACAAUCCUCUUGGCAUUUGGUAGUCACACAGCUGGAGUGUCCCGCGGAGAAGAAACGUUUUGGUAGCGGCAUGCUGUUGCCGUUCAUGGGCCAAAGUAAUAUACAGGAUUUGCGCAAAAUUUUCUCAACCAAAAAUAGUGAUUGGGAUUUGCUAGCGCCAUUCGGCUGCGAUCAGUAUUUCCGCCAACCGACGGGCACAAUCAAAAGUUUCGGAAAUGUGUACUACAUGACGAAUCUGCACUACACGAUCUGCAUACGUCCAGUGGCGGGUUCUACGAUGAUAGAGUACACAGUGAAUUCAUUUUCUCUCUCUGCUGAGCGUACGGAUUUGUUUUACGAUGAAGGCUGCCAUCCCACAAUCCAGACUGAUGGUCGCCAAAAUGACUAUCUCAUGAUAUGGAAUGCAAUAUUCAAAGACAACGCCGUCAUGCAACCGACUUAUUUUUGUGGACAGGGUCUGCUUGUGGGCCAGGAGUUGGUUGCAACUGCGCCUUAUCAAAUGUACUUCAACAGCGACGAGCAAUGGGGCACUGAUGAAACUGGCUUCAGCAUAUCAUAUCGGGUGAAAUCGACGAUAAAUUAAUAAUUUU